CCUUAAUGGAGCUUCUGUUUCUUGGCCUUCUCUUUUUUCUUUAAAAGGAAUUUCUUUAUAACCCUCCCAUAUGAGCUUCUUUUUUCUUUCUUUUUGAACUCACAACCUUCGCAUUGGAGUUGGAGGGUACUUAGCAUUUGAGCAACCGUGUAAAGUUAGAGAACAUUAAAGUAUGAGUCAAGAAAUACCUGUUAAAUAUGGGGACGUGUUUCCGGUGUCGAGUGAACUUGGUUCAAAAAUGAUAGCACCACAAGAUGCAGCAAUCAUGCAGUCAGCAGAGAGUGUAGCGUUGGGUCAUGUACCAAAAGGUGGGCCUGCAUCGCUCAUGCAGUCAGCUGCAGCCCAAAAUGAGCGUAGAGGUGUGGUAGAUGGUGAUGACAUAUCGGAUCUCGCGAGAGAUCCGGGUGUUACUGUUUCUCAAGCUGAGGUUGGUGGCACUCGCAUUGUCUCUGAAUCAAUCGGUGGAGAGGUGGUUGCACAAUAUAUCUAUCCAUCAGAAGCAGGAGGUGAUGGAGAAGGAGCCGAACGAUAUCCUACAACAGGAGUUCAGGAGGAGGCAGUUACGGUGGGUGAAGCUCUAGAGGCAGUGGCAUUUAAGGCAGCAGGGGACAAACCAAUUGAGGAGAGCGACGCUGCAGCAAUACAGGCAGCAGAAGCAAGAGCCACGGGACGAAGUGAAGCGGUGCCGGGAGGUAUAGGAGCAGAAGCUCAAAGUGCAGCUUCCGUUAAUGCUCGAACGGAUAACAAGACCACUCUUGGUGAUGUUCUAAGUGAUGCAACGAGCAAGCUUAUAGAAGACAAGGCAGUGAAGAAGGAAGAUGCAGAAGGGGUGGUGGGUGCUGAAAUAAGGAAUAAACCCGACUUGGCUACACAUCCUGGUGGAAUAGCAGCAUCCAUGACCACAGCAGCUAAUCUGAACAUAUUCUAAUUAGGUGUUUUUAUUUGGGUUAUGGUUUUUGUGACAAGUAGUUGAUUGUACAUAUAGAACCAUGGUCUGAUUUUGGGUUGUGGGUUGGGUGUAAUUGUCCUCUUAAUUUGUAGUGUUAUACAUGGUAGUGUUGCGAGUUUGUGAUAUUUUCAAACGUACCUCUUUGUUAAGCUGACGGAUCACGGAUAUUGAUUACAGCUUAGUUAAUUGAUC